AUGUGGGCGACCGGUGCGAUAGUUUGCUCGCCGGUUUUCCGCAUUCUGACAACUUGCUGUCCGAUUCGUCGUGUACCGACGUCGUCGAAUGGGUACGUUUCUCGUCCAAAACAAGUUGAUGUUGGUAAUGUUGGCUCCAUGCCAAUUCUAUCCUCGAAAGCUGUAACAGUACAGCCAUCAAACGGUGACUACUAUGAACCAGUGAACGGUGGUACAAUACCACUGUCAGCUAGUGGGGCACCUGUGAAACACUAUGGAAAUAUCCACUUUCGAGUGGAAUAUGAUUUCGAGCAGUCGAAGCUUUCCGUAACAAUUGUGAGUGCUUCCGACCUGCCCGCUAUGGACCGGAACGGAAUGUCGGAUCCGUACGUGAAAGUGUAUGUGCUGCCGGAGAGAAAACAGAAGUUUGAAACCAGGAUAAUCCGAAAUACAUUGAAUCCAACCUACAAUGAAACCUUCCAAUUUUCGAUCCCAUUCAACGAGUUGCAUUCUAAAACCUUGAUGCUGGUGGUUUACGAUUAUGAUCGAUUAUCAAAAGAUGAUAAAAUGGGUCAAUUAUCAGUUCCACUAGAUUCCAUUGACUUUGGAAUUACUACCGACAUCGAGAGACCACUACAGAAACCAGAGAAGGAUGAUGAGAAAGAAUGUCGUUUGGGUGACAUCUGCUUCUCGACACGUUAUCGUCCGGCCACAGGUACCGUAACCCUGACAAUAAUGGAGGCCAGGAAUCUGAAAAAGAUGGAUGUCGGAGGAUCGUCAGAUCCCUAUGUGAAAAUCUAUUUACAUCACGGACGAAAAUUGCUGAGUAAGAAGAAGACAUCUCGAAAGUACAAAACUCUGAAUCCUUACUACAAUGAGAGUUUUCAGUUCAAAAUUGAACCGCAUAUGAUUGAGAAAGUGCAUCUGAUAGUGUCCGUAUGGGAUUACGAUAAGAUGAGUAAAAACGAUUUUAUUGGAGAAGUGACACUGGGAUCUAAACAUUUGAAUUUGCCACAGAUAACUCAUGCGUGCAGUGAGCAAUGGGCCGAAAUGAUGACGUCGCGUCGUCCAGUGGUCCAAUGGCAUACGUUACAAGAGAGAAUGGAGAAGGAGAAGAAAAAAGAUGACGAUUGA